AUGGAUGAUCCUUUGAGCACAAACACUCAAGCAGAAGCUUUGGCAAUCCUACAAGCUAUGAAGUAUUUGGAGGCAACUCAGAGGGACAAGAUACUCAUUGAAACAGACUCACUAUUACUCAGGAAUAUUGUGGAGAAGGUCUGGGAAGUACCAUGGCAGAUAGUCACUAUAGUAAAGGAAAUAUGGAGAAUUAUGAAGGGCAAAAUAGUGGUGGUUUCACAUAUAUUCAGGGAGGGAAAUAAGUUGGAAGACCAUUUAGCUAAUGUGGCACUUGAUGAAGGAGAAAUACUAGCUAACAAUUUUAAGGAACUGGAUAUACAAGGCAGAAGGUUACUGAAUGAAGACAAAUUGAAAGAGCCAUAUUCAAGAUUACACUUUUAG